AUGGCCCUCGAAUCUCGAUGUUUCCUAUUUUCAUUGAUCUUGUUGAGUCUGUUGUGUUUUGUUCCCAACAUAGCCUGCCACAGCGGCGACGGCUGGAUGGCUCUCACGCCAGACGAAAUCAAGAGCAAGGACAUGAAUGCGCUCGCAAAUUACACAGUGAUCGAGCACAACAAAGAGAAAAAAAGGAAUUUGGUAUUCGAAAAAUUGUGCAACGGCUACAAACAUGUGAACGUCUCGGGACAAAUGUACAAUCUGUUUGAAACAGCCACCGAUUACGAUAAAUGCACCACACCUAUGGGGAGCUGCGACGGCGAUCGCAGGAGCUACAAAGCGGUCGUGUGGGUCCAGGACUUGAAGAACCGCACAACGCUUUUGUCCUUCAAAAAGAUUAACGUAACGUGUAAUCUUAAAUAA